GGACGCGAAGGCUCCGGGCGCGGGUGAUUCCCGGACGGUGGGACCGCACGGGGGCCCGGAGCCCCUCCCGCGCCGCGCCCGCCCGCCCACCCUCAGCUCAGUCCCCAGCAGCGGAGCAAAACCAGCUGCAACAACAGAACUAUCCCAAAGCAGGUGCCGCAGGAAGAGCGCGCCUUCCCCCUCCGCAGAGAACCUUUUCCUUCCAGCAUUCGCCAAGAACUUCCUCAGUGGUGGGGUAUCGGCAAACAGAGUAAAAAAAAAAGAACGCGGCUUCGUGCUGUCCUAGAGAUAGGAAAUAGAAUUCAGUUUAAAUUCACUAAGCAUUCGAGCAUGAGCAAAUUAAACACGUUACUCCGUCCAGCUGAGCCUCGUGUAUUGCACCAACCCUGCCCUGAAAUAACCCCCCUGCUUCACAAACAAUUGGCACCCUUACUGAGACCUUACACACAACUUUCUAACGCUGCAAACUACGGAAAGUUUUAAGCAAAUAAACAGGUACCAAAGAGCUGGGUUAUGAGCCGCUGUGCUUCAUGACUCCAAGACUUCUUUGCAAACGCGAGAGCCAUGUUUCCUUCUUUCCUCAAAAGAGAAAGCUGAGAACCUCAUUCACCCCCCUCUAUAUACUUCUGCGUGCAGGCAAGCACUAAGUAGCAGUAAAUUCGUUUAACUGCCAAUGAUUUUUCCCUCUACACGGCACCUACGAGAUCCUCGACCAACGAUCCAGUGGAUGCACAGGCGGCAGCAGAAGCCGGGUUUCAUCUCACACUCGUCUAAUUCGACCAAGUUUCGUAAAGAACAACCAAAACUGGGCAAAAGCCGCCAACGCUGGGCAGCCUCUUUGCCAAGGAGCAGCAGCAGCUUUCCAUUCCACACGGGCAUCCUCAGGCUGACCGGAGGGAUGCGACGAUUAGCGACUCACGGCUGCCGGGCACUGCGCGCCAGGCCGCCUUCCCUACUUCUGCCCACGAGUUUACCCAGGAGCACACCCACAGCGUCAGAGCACUGCGAAACCUCGUGUCCUAGAGCGAAGCUGCGGCGGGGGUGACACCGCAGAGCCCUCAUUCCCGCCGCUCCUACCGAGCGCCUGCGCGGCUGCAGCCCAGGGCGAAGCCUCCUCAGGGCUGACAGCAGAACUCAGCGCCGCCAGCCCGGCGAGCCCGAGGCUCAGGGGCCUGAGCGGGGCUCUCCCACCGGCGGGAUCCUCCUCCUCGGGGGCGGGCGCAGCGCCGAGAGCGCGGCCGGGGCUGUGCGCUGCGAAACGCCGUCCGCGCGGGCCGGCGGCCGCUGGCGCUCGGUUCCGGGCGGUGUGCGAGCGCCAUGGCGGGCGGGCGGGGCGGCGCCGUCCUGCUGCUCCUGGCGCUGUGCCUGCAGCCGCCGCCCGCCCGGGCCCGCAGCCUCCGCUUCGUGACGCUGGUGUACCGGCACGGAGACCGCUCGCCCAUCAAGGCCUUCCCGCGGGACCCGUACCAGGAGAGCGCCUGGCCCCAGGGAUUCGGGCAGCUCACGCAGGUGGGGAUGCGGCAGCAGUGGGAGCUGGGCCAGGCCCUGCGGCGGCGCUACCGCGACUUCCUCAGCGACACGUACCGGCGGCAGGAGAUCUUCAUCCGCAGCACAGACUGUGAUCGGACACUGAUGAGUGCAGAGGCCAAUCUGGCAGGCCUCUAUCCCCCAGCAGGACAAGAGAUGUUCAACCCUAACAUCUCCUGGCAGCCUAUCCCUGUGCACACAGUCCCUGAGUCUGACGAAAGGCUACUGAAGUUCCCUUUGACCCCUUGUCCACGGUAUGAACAGCUACAGACUGAAACACGGCACUCAGCAGAAUACAUAAAUAAGACCAAAGAGAAUUGGCAAUUCCUGGAGAUGGUGGCAAAGGAGACUGGGAUCCGGGAUAUCUCUCUCGAGAGUAUAUGGAGUGUAUAUGACACACUGUUCUGUGAACAAGCACACAAAAUGGAUUUGCCUGGAUGGGUGACUCCAGAAGUCAUGACUCACUUGAAGGAACUAAAAGACUUUGGUUUUGAAUUUCUGUUUGGGAUCCACAACCGGGUAGAAAAAGCUCGUCUGCAAGGCGGGGUCCUGCUGGAUCACAUAAGGAAAAAUCUAACCAAAGCAGCAAAUGCUUCUGCCCAUCAGAACCUAAAACUGCUUGUCUAUUCAGCGCAUGACACCACACUUGUGGCACUGCAGACGGCUCUAGAUGUCUACAACAAGAACCAAGCACCAUACGCCUCAUGUCAUUUAUUUGAACUGUACCAAGAGGAUGAUGGUAAUUUCUCCGUGGAAAUGUUUUACCGGAAUGAGAGUGGGAAGGAGCCCUUCCCACUGACAAUCCCUGGCUGUCAGCAUAAAUGCCCAUUGCAAAGAUUCUUGGAACUCACAGAUCCUGUUGUGCCCCAGGACUGGGAGCAGGAAUGCAAGGUAUCAAGCAGCAUGCAUGACACAGAGCUCUUUGUAGGUUUGGCUGUGUGUGGAUCCAUUCUCCUUCUCCUCUUGAUUCUCCUCUUGACUGUACUCUUUCGCAUACAGUCUCAGCCCCCUGGCUACCGGCACGUCUCCAAUGAAGGAGAAGAGCAGGCCUGACAGUUGCUUCAACUCCUUCCCAGGCAGUAGGAAGGAGCUGUGUUGCCCGUAAGGAUGAUUGGGCACCUUCAGUUACUUAGCAUUCUUCUAUUUUGGCCUUUACUUCCCAGAACAGAACUGGACUUGAUUUCUGGAUACUUUCUAAAGGUGACAUCCUUUGGAAAUAACUGAGAAAAAGAACUGAGCUACUCUAAGGAAAUGACACCUUAACUUUGAAGCCAAUAUACUCUGUGGUGCUCUGGUCCUCAUACAGCUCACCCAGUCUAUGAUUCCCAACAUGGCCAGUUUCAAGUUUUCCUCCUUUCAAGUGACUGUAAACGUUACCACUCACCAUGGCUGUGGCAGAGAAGCUUUGGCGUGCAGUAGCUGCCACAUCCAGUUGCAUUUCUCUUCAGGGUCAACCCACUUUGAGUGCUUUUCCCUCACAUCAUAGAGCUGCUGAUGGUAGAAAGGCUGAACUUGAGCUGGGGGUACAGCUCACCAACAAUGCACCAAGACUCAUCUACUGUCCAUGCAGAGGGAACUUCUGCAGAUGAUGGGAGAAAUGUAAAGCGUUUCUUGAGGUUGCUGUCAAGUAGUUGCUGCUGGCAACUGGGGUUUUUUUCCCCUCUUCACAUUGUGGGUCAAGAGAGGACUGUACUGAAAUCAGGACAAGCCUGAAAACCUAGCAGUUUUCAGUCAGUCCUGGGAUUGGGCUCAGAGUAGAAUCAAGAGUAAACCCAAAAAAGCUCUCUCAUGAGAGAGAGCAAUUUUUGUGACCGAAGCAAACCCACACUCAAUUUCUUGUGCAAUGUUGCUCUAGAAAGGAAAGUCCCUCUAGAUAAGAAACUUGGUUUCUGUCUAAAGAUCCCAAGUUUAAAUUUUACUUCCCACAUCUGAACUUCAAGGACUUAUUAAAGGGAGUAUCCAGUACUCCAGGUAAUCCAGAUUUCAGCCCAAGGAAUAUGCUUUACUAGCACAAUGUUUUUAUGCUGUAAUUAAGAGAUGUAGCAGAGCUGUUUACCUAAGACUAGAUUAAAUGCCAAGUUCUAUAGUUUUUCUUCCUAUCUUCCCUACUGGAUGGACAACAAACAUUAAGGAUCAGAAUUGGCAGGCCAGUAUGGAUUCCUUUAUUUGACACACUUGGGCAUUUUGUCCAAAGUGUGAUUCUUUCUCCAGCCUGGCCUCUCUGCACACUGCAGCUGCUGCAGAGACCUUCACACCAAGUGCUCACUACCUGCCUUGUAGUUUUUGGCAGAAAAUGAGACUGCAGCAGGCACCAGAAGCACAGGCUCUUCACGUGGUGAAACUGCACAUUCACUUCCUACUUUUACUUCCCUUUCUGGUGCAGUUCCCUUCCCCUCUUGGAUGCAGAAGCCAGUUCUUAGGUUACAAACAUUUCCUUUUGUUCCCCCUAAGGAGUACCAUGGGGACUUUUCUCCACACCGUAAUCAGCAUCUGGCAGCAUGGGAACCCUAAAUCAGCAGAAGCAGCUUGCUGUUCUCAGCAUCUUCCUCACCUUUUUGUCCUCUGAAGAUACAGACUAGGUCUCCUGCACAGCAAGACAGUCAUAAAGAAAAAGCUACUGCCUGUGAGAACAGGCACAAGAAAGAGGUAAUAGAAAGUGCAUUUAAAAGGACCAGACCUGUUAUUUUUAAAGGCACCAAAUUUUGCACACACACAGAAAAGAUUUUUAUGAUGAUUUAGACAUUUUGACUGUGAAUGACUUUCUGUACUUGUUCCAAUACAUUUCAUUAUUAAAAUCAAUUUCUCAGUGAA